UAAGACUUUAUCAACUGUUUUCUCUGCUCUUUUGACAUGGGAUUACAAAAGUGCAGCGGCUGUUUGAGUUGCCUGUUAAUCCCCCUGGCACUGUGGAGUAUUGUUAUAAAUAUUCUCCUAUAUUUUCCUGAUGGGAAAUCUUCAUAUGCCUCCAGCAAUAAUCACACCAUCUAUGUGUGGCAUUUUGAAGGAAUCUGUUUCUCAGGUAUUAUGAUUCUUAUUCUAGCAGCACUUCUGGUAGUUCUGGACCGGGACGCCUUUUAUGAAUGCUUCCAAAGUGAAAGCUGCACCAGAACAUAUAGACGUUUCAUUUCUGUUGUGCUUUCCCUACUAGGGAUUGCAUUCUCUGGCUACAGUCUGAUCAUAUCUGCUUUGAGAUUAGUGCAAGGCCCAUACUGCAAAACCUCAGCAGACUGGGAAUAUGCCUUCAAAAACACUGCAGGCAGCUACCUCAUGGAUCCUACUUCCUGGUCCCAAUGCACUGAGCCUUCUUAUGUAGUGGAGUGGAACAUCGUUUUGUUGUCUAUUCUGAUAGUUCUUAGUGGCCUCCAAAUCUUGAUCUGCUUUCUGAAAAUAAUUGCAGAAUUAAGGCAAAUCCUGUGUGGAAAUUAUCCCAUCUUUGUUCAGCCUGCACUGAUCUAACAGCCUUGGGGAAUGACUCUACCAUGACUCCAUCGUAUCCCUGAGCGUACAUUUUAAUAUUAAUUUUUAAAACAGGCUUUUCUGUUUCUGUGUUGACACAAGGACUACCAAUGUUUUUCUAACAUAUUAUUUAUGAUGCUCCACACAUUUCAGCUAAAGUGUACAGUUUUUGGAUAGUCUGUUUUUCUUGUUGCCUGUUCGCAUACCCUUUCCCUUUCUUGUAUUUGUUAUAUAUCUAAAUUGCGAAGCUCUUGAAAAAUGAAGAAUUUUUUGUGUUUAUAUAAUAUAAAGCACUUACAUAUCAUCGAUACUAAAUGAAUGAAUAUUUGAUUCAUUGAACAGUCACAUUAUUGUGAACAACAGCUUUCUUAGUAAAGAGAUAGAUUACACCAUUUUGUUUUUGGCUGUGGUUUGUUCUCCAAGCUUGUUUCAAUAUAAUUUCUGAACGUUUCGUUAACAAACUAGGUAACAUCAUCAGCUGGGUUUUCUUGUCCUAUUCUCCUUAGCUUAUAAAUGUCUUGUGUGCCAGUAUAGUCAGUUGGUCAUGCGAUUGGUUGUUUGUUUGGAGCUAUAUUUGAAUUCUGAGCAGCUGACUGGUUCUCCUGCUGAUUGGCACUUCAAAUGGUCUGGAUUCUUAUAUAUUCAUAUGCUGGAUCUAGAUCAAUAUGCAUCUAGCAUGAUUAAAGGAGCAAUUGAAUAAAAUUUCCCCUGCACAGAUGUUGGGAGAAAUGUCAUAGUCUGAGAUGAGAUUUAGGGAAUAUCUUUUGCAUGUAGAAAUCCAUAAGAAUAGACUUACCUAUACUAGUUCACCCAUUGAGCAAGAAGACUUGAAUGGAUCCUAAUUUUCCUUAAUGAAAUACAGUCAUAUUCACUUUGGAUACUUCUUCAUAGGGAGUAUUAAAAAAAUACUUCAUAUUAAUAAAGAUACUUUGUACCUCUUCAUAUCAUUCUGAUCUCUUACAGGUAGUCGUCAACUUACAAGCAUUUGUUUAGCAACUGGCAUAUAUUUACAAUAGUCGCACAUUAUGGCAUUUGCAACCUUCUCAGACAGCUUCUGACAAGCAAAGUCAAUGGGAAAGCCAGAUUUGUUUAAUGACCAGGGCUUGUUUAAACAAGAAUUGUGCAACCUUCCAGGCUGUUGAAAGUAAACAAAAGCUUGCAAAGGGGGAAAUACUGAAGAUAUUUAAAGAAGCUGUUCCUGGAUGAGUCCAUUGGACUAAAGCAACCUCGAAC